AUGUCGAAGCUCGCGCAAAUAUAUAGCAAAAACGGAGCUUUAUUCAGUAUUAAGCAAUUUAAACGUAAUCACAUGCCAGAUUCCACUAGUUUACAGCUAUUAAAUGUUAUUAUUGAAGACAAUCCUCAAGAAUUAUAUUCAAUUUUUUCGGAUACAGGACAGAUUAACGACGGAUUCGAAAUCACAUCAUGCGAAAUACCUUCAAUAUUAAAAUCAUUACCUCCUAUAAUUUCCGUUGCUGCAUUUUUUGGAUCUGUUGAAUGCGUGUCAGCAUUAAUCGCACUCAAUGCAAACGUGUAUGAAAAAGAUAAUGAGAAACGAACUCCAUCCCAUUUCGCAGCAGCAGGCGGAAAAUUGGAGAUAAUUCGUAUCUUAGAUCAAGACGAACCAGAUACCAAUAAAAACUAUCCAAUUCACUACGCGGCACAGUAUGGACAAGUUGAUGCGAUCAGAUACUUUUGGUCUAAAAACCGAAAUUUGAAUGAAACUGGUUUUAAAUUGAAACAAGCAAUACAUUUCGCAUGCUACAACGGACAUCUCCCAGUAGUUGAAUUUUUAUACGAUCAAGGAUGCGAACUCGAAGUUACUGAUGAAGACGGAUAUACUCCUUUAAUGUACGCAUGCAUGGGCGGGCAUUUGAACAUCGUUGAGUUUCUCAUUGACAAGAACGUAGACGUUAAUAAAACGUCCCUGGAAGGCUAUUCAUCCAUAGUUUUAGCAGCACAAAACGGGUAUCUUUCCGUUGUCAAGCUUUUAGUCAACAAAAACGCGAUCUACAAAUACCUAAAGAGGAAAUAUACCCCUUUGGUCGAAUCAGCCGGUGGCGGACACCUUGAUAUCGUGAAAUAUUUCUAUAACCUUGGCGUAGAUUUGGACAUUAAGACUUCAGACGGUGUUACCCCCUUAAUGGCAGCGGUAUUGAAGGGUCGUUAUCCCGUUGUGAAGUAUUUAAUCAAGCAUGGAGCUCAAUAUCCAACGAACAACCCUGAUAAUCCACUCUAUUUAAUUGCCUGCUGCAAUAACUAUACAGAUAUCUUCCGUUUUUUCUUCGAAAAAGGUUUUUUUACGACAUCAGAUUUUUCUCCAGAAAUAAUAUCAGAUUGCAUUAUUAAUUGUUCAUGCGAUAUGCUCAAAUAUAUGAGUUCAAUAGGUUUCAACCUAAUGGGAUCGUUCAGUAUUCCAGACUUUUUCAGAUUUGCAAAUACAAUAGAAAAGAUGUAUUUAUUCACCCAACUUACAGAUCAGGCAGGCUCCACGAAGUUUGGAGUGUGCAUAGAUUACGCUUUUGCCCUUGGAAUGAAGCAGAUUCUACAAUUCUUUAUUGACGAGUACAAAUACGAUUUCAGUAGUAUAAAAUACAACCAAGAAAUUCCGAAAUUGAAGCCGACCAACUUAAAAGAAGCUUCUAUGAUGAUGUUCAAUUUUAUGUUGGAAAAUGGCGGAGACAAGCCAGAUCAGAACGGCCAAUCAGCAGCAGGAUAUUUUGCAAUUAAGACACAUAACCUGGAAAUGAUAGAAAUCUGUUUUGCAAAAGGUGCCGCGAUAUGUCCAAAUAAUCUUCUCGUGGAGAACAUAAUUUCCGCAGCAAUCAAUAAGCAUAAGGAUUCUCUUCUCGAUAAGAUUUUAUCACUUGACAUUGACUUAAACAACGUGAAAUUAGACUCAAAUCAGGUAGAGGAAAGCACGUGCCCAAUGCUUCCAUUAUACAGCUGCACAAAAGCACUCGCUAGAUAUUAUCCGUCUACUAUUGGAGCUCCCCCACGAACGGUUGAAGAAGAUGAAAAAAAUUAUUUAUUAAUUACAAUAGAAAAACUACUUCAACACGGAGCACAAUUUAUUUCAGAGCGCUGCUGUAAUUUAGGACUUGCAAUUCCCAUAAAUUCCGAAGAAUUAUUCCAUUUAGUCGAAAAAUACGCAAAACCAACGAAAGAACUCAUUGUCAAAUACGAUCUACUUGCAAGAUGCGUUUAUAACUACUCCAAACGCUAUUUCGACUAUUUUCUGACCUUUGAUCCACCAAUAAUUCCUUCAAACCCUCCACAAACUCGUCCAUUUUUUAGAGGAAACAGUUUCCCUUCCGUGUUUUUUUCUUUCCGCGAUAGAUUGGCCCCAGAAUUGUCUUUAUACUUUUUAAAAACAUUAUUGAAGCGAUUAGACAAAAUAGAGACAAGAGAAGACAUUAUUUAUGCUUUGUUAUUUGUUGGAUCACUGGAUCUCCUUAAGAUGGCCCAUGAAAAAGGAGUUUCUUUCGAUUCAGAUGAAACAUUUGAAGUUGUUGGGGAUGUAGCGCAAUAUUUGAAGCCAAACAUAUUAGAAUAUAUCAUGGAGAAUGGUUUUGAUCCAUCAAGAAAGGCUGUGAUGAAGAAAUCCGAUGAAUUAUUAGGAGUUUUCGAAUUUAUGCUUCAAAAGAAGAAUACUCCAACACGAGAAGUCUUUCACAUGCUUGUAGAUCAUGGUGCCGAGGUAAACGAAUCUCUAAUUUACUUGGCUUUCGACAGAUCAAAUUAUAUUUUCGCAUGUUUCUUAGUUGACGCUGGAGCCAAGCUUAAAAACCUCAACCAGAUAACCAAGAUCUUCCAGACACCAGAUUCUCUCUAUUUCUUCUCAAGACUCGUUGCAAAUGGCAUGGAAUUUGAAGAAGAGCACUUAAAGUUGGCAAUUACAGACAGAAAUAGGUUUUUAACAAGAUUCAUGUAUAACCAAGGUGUUAGAUUGUCAAAAUCGGAUCCAGCAAGCAAGAUGCUCACAAUGACUUUGAAUCAGAUCGGUUUCGACUCAAAUUUUAUCAAAAACAUCUUUGAAUAG